AUGAAGCGUAUUCAAAAGGGUCCAGUCAGAGGUAUCUCCUUCAAGUUGCAAGAGGAGGAGAGAGAGCGUAAGGAUCAAUACGUUCCAGAGGUUUCUGCUUUGGACUUGACCAGAACUCACGGUCACUUGAACGUCGAUGCUGACACCGAGAAGUUGGUCAAGUCUCUUGGCUUCAAGCUCCCAUUGUCAGUUUCUGCUGUCACUGACCAAAGGGUGUCGAAGCGUUACAACAAGAGAUCUUAA